CAUCAUCCCCUCAAACCCCCAAAUAGCAGUGUUUCCCAGCUUCAGCCCCCACAUGGCCUCCACGGUCUGGGGGGGUGCCCCCUGGUGGGGUCCACCACCCCCAGCCCCAGCCCGUCCCCUCACGGACCUCGACUUCUGCUCGGGAGCGCAGCUGCAGGAGCUGACUCAACUGAUCCAAGAGCUCGGGGUUCAAGAGAGCUGGCACGGUGGGCCAAAGCCCGGGGCCGACCUCCUCCGGGCUAAGGACUUUGUCUUCUCUCUGCUUAGUCUCAUCCACCUACGGGACCGCCGGGUCCCUGAGCGGACCGAACUUCUGCUACUACGAGGUGGAGUCCGCGAGGGAUCUCUCGAUCUGGGGGCCGGACCCCUGGGACCCUACGUCCGGGGACCCCACUACGAUGCCGGCUUCACGCUUUUAGUGCCCUUGCUCUGGUUGGAAGGCCAAGGGGCGAAGCCGGACCUCGAACUGGAAUCUGGCAGCGCGUGGCUCCGCCUCCCAGCGCGAGUGGGCGGGACCUCAACCCUGGAGGCGUGGCAUGACUGCCUGGGGCACUCUACUCCGACCGAGCUGGGAGAGAAAGGGGAGGUAAAAAGGGCGUACCCAUUGGAGAAGCCUCCGUGUGACGUCACAGAAACGGAGACUGCGGCGGGGUCUCCGCGGAGGCUGGAGGCCUCUGAUCCUGAGCUGUCUGCGCCAGUUGAGGGGCUAAGUGGUGACUGGAGAGAUUCGGAGAAUAGCAGCUUAUUGGAGGAGCCGCGCAGUGGCGUCACAGAGCAACUCCCUGAACAGCCAAUCGCAGAGUCUUGGGGGCGGGGUCCUCAGGAAAACUGGCCCGCUUUGUGCCCCACCCAAGUGGCUUCCUGGUUUUUUUCCUCGGUAUCUGCGGUUGCGGUCUCCUUGACUCCCGCUCCGGGCGCUCCGCGCCUGGUCCAUGCCGCCCGCCAUGCCGGAGUCACUACUAUUCUUCUGUCCACUCCGGGUCCUCCUCCCCGGCUUCUGCUCUUUGACUUGGUGCCAGGGGUCUCUGUGGCCGGCUGGCCCGAGGGAACCCGGACCCACGCCUGGAUGGGUCCCCUGGCCGCUGGGCCUACUUCCUACUACCUUGUGCCGGGCUUCAGAGCCAAAGGGGAGGAUGGGCUCUGCUGGAGAAUUUGCUUCGCCCGCCAGGAGCUGGCGCUCAAGGCCCGCAUUCCCAGGCCUCUGCUCCAGGCACAUGCCGCUGCCCAGGCCUUGCUGCGCCCUCUUGUGGCCGGGGCCCGCUGCGCGACGCUUUACCUCCUGCGGACCCUGCUUUAUUGGGCCUGCGAGCGACUGCCAGCCCUCUAUUUGGGGCGGCCCGAGAAUACCGGGGCCUGUUGCCUUGGGCUCCUGGACGAAUUGAGCCGCGGGCUCGAGGCUAGGGCGCUGCCCGAUUACUUCCUGGAAGGGCGGGAGCUAGCACCCGGGGAGUGGGCCGCGGAGCUGACAGGGGCCCUCGCCCGACUUCGGGGGGAUCCUAUAGGGGCUCUCAGAGCUGCAGUAGAGGAAGCAAAGACUGCACGGAAGGGGGGCGGGGUAGUGGGCGGGGGGCAUUAA